UGCAGAGAGAUGCCAAAGGCCAGUACCUGUUUGACCUUCUUUGCCACCACCUGAACCUACUUGAGAAAGACUAUUUUGGUAUCCGCUUUGUAGACCCAGAUAAGCAGCGGCAUUGGCUGGAAUUUACAAAGUCUGUGGUGAAGCAAUUGAGAUCCCAGCCUCCUUUCACCAUGUGCUUCCGUGUGAAGUUUUAUCCUGCAGACCCUGCUGCUCUGAAAGAAGAAAUAACCAGUGCAGUUGGAACAGAGCAGACUUCUUUCCUUCAGGAAGUGUGAAGACUACAUCUUGAACUGGUCACUCUCAAAGGGAUCUGCAGUAACUAAUCAGAAGCAUCUUUUCUUUUACCUAUCAUGAGGCCACUGUGGACAUUUUUGGAGAGAGCUAUGUUGCUGCUUAUUUUGGGGGUUGAAAACAGUUUCAGGUGGUCUAAUGGAUAUACUUGGAAAAUGCUAAGGCAUCACACCGAAAGAUAAGCUAGGAGAUACUGAAGAUUUUAAAUCAAAAUGGGUAAACUCUGGUGUGCCAUUGGAUCAGGCAUAGAAGCUCCAGGCUCUGCUCAUCUACAUGGAAGUAGAGGUGGCUCUUGCUUUGCUUCAGAAAACCAAAUCUAUCCAAAUCAUAGACACCCUACCUAAGGCUUUAGGUAUUUAGUCUUCCUCCAGAUCAAAAGGGAUCUCUACCACGGCCGACUCCUCUGUAAAACAUCAGAUGCUGCCUUGUUAGCAGCUUACAUCCUUCAAGCGGAGAUUGGGGAUUAUGACUCAGGGAAACACCCUGAAGGCUACAGCUCCAAGUUCCAGUUUUUCCCUAAACAUUCAGAGAAGCUGGAAAGGAAAAUUGCCGAGAUUCACAAGACAGAACUCAGUGGUCAGACACCAGCAACAUCAGAGCUGAACUUCUUAAGAAAAGCACAGACAUUGGAAACAUAUGGAGUGGAUCCUCACCCAUGUAAGGAAUGAGGUGACCAAGCUGAAAUUUGAAGGAAAGACUUUCUAUUUAUACGUAAGUCAGAAAGAGGAAAAGAAGAUUAUUCUUACAUAUUUUGCUCCAACUCCUGAAGCAUGUAAGCACCUCUGGAAAUGUGGAAUCGAGAACCAAGCCUUCUACAAGCUGGAGAAGUCAAGCCAAGUCCGCACAGUGUCCAGCAGCAAUUUAUUCUUUAAAGGGAGCCGGUUCCGAUACAGCGGCCGAGUUGCAAAGGAAGUCAUGGAGUCAAGUGCUAAGAUCAAACGGGAGCCACCGGAAAUACACAGAGCAGGGAUGGUUCCCAGCCGGAGCUGUCCCUCCAUAACCCAUGGCCCAAGGCUGAGCAGCGUCCCCAGGACCCGCAGAAGAGCCGUUCACAUCUCCAUCAUGGAAGGCCUAGAGUCCCUACGGGACAGUGCCCAUUCCACGCCAGUGCGUUCCUCUUCCCAUGGGGACACCUUCCUGCCUCACGUGAGAAGCAGCCGGACAGAUAGCAAUGAGCGAGUAGCUGUGAUUGCAGACGAGGCCUACAGCCCUGCAGACAGCGUGCUGCCCACCCCUGUGGCUGAGCACAGCCUGGAGCUGAUGUUGCUUUCCCGGCAGAUCAAUGGAGCCACCUGCAGCAUCGAGGAGGAGAAGGAAUCUGAAGUCAGCACCCCAACUGCUACAGAGGUGGAGGCCCUUGGGGGAGAGCUGAGGGCCCUGUGUCAGGGGCACGGCGGGCCCGAGGAGGAACAGGUGAAUAAGUUUGUUCUAAGUGUCCUCCGUUUGCUCCUUGUGACCAUGGGACUCCUCUUUGUUUUGCUCCUCCUCCUGAUCAUCCUUACCGAGUCUGACCUUGACAUUGCCUUUUUCCGCGAUAUCCGCCAGACCCCCGAGUUUGAACAAUUCCACUAUCAAUACUUUUGUCCCCUCAGGCGAUGGUUUGCCUGCAAAAUCCGCUCAGUGGUGAGCCUGCUCAUUGACACCUGAGAAGGCAUGACUCCUCCCAAAAACUAGCCAGGUGGACCAAGGAGCCCGGCUACCCAUUCCCAGCAAUGGGACCCAUCGCGGAACCAUCGGCACAUAUACCAAGUCCUCCUCUCAUGACUCAAAGUCCACUGCAGCCUAGGAGGGUGUUUCCCAGAAGAAGAAAGGGAUAGGCUCACGCCCUGUCUAAACAAACUGGGAAAACUCAUUUUCUUCAGAAGUUAUUUCAAGAAAGGCUCAGCGACUCUGUUUCUCAUCUUUCCAAUUUGCAGGAUAAUUUUUGGUUUAUGAAUUUUGAUUUUUCAUAGAUGUGUAUUAUUUUGAAGUAUCAAAUAAAAAUAAUUUAUUUUACUAUUACUGAUUAUUGCAGUAGUGUCACCUAGCAGAGGGGACACUAGUUGAAGACUAGAGAGCUGCUGUCCUCUGUAUUCUGCAGGAGCUUUCCUGCUGGUGCCACUGGGUUCCAGUAGAUUAGUCACUGCAGCCUCAGCAGGGCAGGCCAGGGAUCUGGACAAUGGGGACUGUUUAGUUUUUUUUGCCAGACAGAACUUUUAAAAAAGUAAACAUCCAUGUAGAAUGAUUAAAUGGAAAGUUGCUUCUUAUGAUGGUCUGAGUUGGAUUUUCUUUUCCUUUUGUUUUUUCAAAUCUGAGCAGAGUGGGCAUCUGAAGGGACCACCGCUACAGCAGCAGCAGCAGCAGGGGUGGGGUAAGUCUGUCCCCUUAGUCUAGAGCCUAGUGGGCAUCACCACAGUUUUGUAUAAUGAAACUAGACUUAACGUGAUUUUUUUUUCUGAAGAACCUCAAGACUUUUAUAGUGCUCCAGGGGCGUUAAAUGAAUUCAGUGGUGCCAGAGAUAGUUCUGUCAGAAAUGUUGGACAAAGUAUGGUUAAGAGAAAGAGUUAAGUUACCUGAGAGACUGUUGAGAUUUGGAGAGCAGUGCUUAUUUUAUAUACACCCCCCGACCCAAAGACUAUUUCAAUUUAUAUUUUAACAACAAAAUGUUAUUUUCUUAACAAUUCAUAUUUUGUUUUUACUUUAUGGAUUAAGAAAAUAGACCCUGAUGAACUAAACGAUGCAAGAAAGAAACUGAUCCUGAGAAUGAAAAGCUUCAGAAAAUAGAAUUCCAAGAUCAACAGCCUUAGAAGGGACCAGGAAAAGAAUCUUUUAAAAUAGGAUUUCUAAGAGAUGCCUACAAAACACAGAAGGUGACCGUGGCAGAGACCAACACUUAGAUGUAGAAAUGCUGCCCCCUAGGGUCAUCCUCUGCGUAAGUUCUAGGAAAGCAUCACCAUCCUUGCAGAGGGAAGUCCUGGAAGCACACAGCACAGGCAUAGGAAGGGUGAGUGUGGGGUCCUAGGCCCAAGCUCUUCAACUCUAAAACCAAUCACACACAAGAUCCUGUUUUCAUCUCAGGGAGAGAUUUCUAAGUCAUCUGGGGCUUGAGGGCUUAUUUAAGGAUGGUCAAUGGACAUAUUCCUGGACCCACACAGAAGUAGAGCAGCUGCUGAUUCCCUAAUUGGACAGCCCCAAACACAGAACAGAAUGAGUCACUUGUAGAUUUGACCUGCCCUAUUUUGUCCCCUGAGAUGGUAGAACCAUGUCCGUGUUUAGAAUACAACAACUGUGGAAUAAUCGGGGCUCUUAGGGAGAGAUUUGCAUAAUUUUAAAGACAUCCUUUCAUCUGUACCAGAGGUCAAUAAACUUCUGUAAAGUGCUACACAGUAAUUAUUUUGGCUUAGCACGCCUUGCUCUGUCACAACCACUCAAGUCUGCCAUCACAGCACAAAAACAGCCAUAAUUUGUAAAUGAAGGAACAUGGCUGUGUUCCAAUAAAACUUUAUGAAAACAGUGAGCUGAAUUUGGCCUACAGGCCAUAAUAUGCCAAUCCUGAUCUAGACAGUAAAACUGAUCCUUACCAAUGUUAGCAGAAGAGGGUCAGUCAGCUCUGUUUCCAUGCCUGACAUGUAUUAAAGAUCUGGGACCUCUUCCCAGUGGAGGCACCAGGGUUGCUUGUUUAAAGGGUGCUUGAACAACUAACCAGCAAAAAGAUGUCUGAUGCCAAAUGGCCAAGAUCAAAUACUGGAAUGCUAAAACACAGCUGGAAUCUAAGAAGGGAAGAGGGCCUCUGUGACCAUUUUCAUACCAGCAACAAUUUAGGCAGAAUUAUAAACAUCUAUUUAUCGAGUGACAAUAUAAACCGAAAGAGAUCCUAGUAGAGAUUAGGGGUCAGUUAAAACCAACUAGCCACUGCCACUUGUCAUCUACAUAGCAAAGGCUUUAUUUAGCACAGGACUAAUGUGAAAAGUAGACCCAGAGAUGAAAAGGCUGUCAGGAGACAGGGGGCUGGUGUCAACCUGGAUAUCUACUGUCUUAUGCAACAUAGAAGAUUACCUUUUAGUGUAGUGCUCCUACCUCAGUUUGUAGAAUCUGGUGUUUCUAUGCAGUGAGUGAUAGCCUCAACUCCGACCUUUCAUAUUCACAUUAGAGACAGAUGCAAUUCCAUAUCCUAGUAUGUUCCUUGUGUCUAGAGUUCUAACAGUACAGUAGUCUAUGCCAUUUCUAACAGCUAAAUUUUGCUCUCUAAACAGAAACUUUAGGGUUGUUUUUUUCCAGGGCUCAUCCCAGAAAAUAUGGAUAGAAAAGUUUCCUUCAGUUUGCUUUUCAAAUAGUGCUUGAAUAAUAAACCUCCUUUGGUGAUUAGUCUUUUUUGGUAUAUCUCCACCAUUAAAAAUUGUUCAAGUUUUUAACCUGGUUAUACUGUGUUCUAACAUGUCUCUCAUUUUCUCUCAAAAUUAUUUUAUCUCAUUGUAGAAAAAGCACUGGUUUUCAUAGCUUCAUCUAUCAGAGGAAAUAAAACUCUUACUAAAGAAUAGUGUACUGCAUCUUUAAGCAGUAGAGGGUAAACUACCUGCAAAUGUGAAUUUCUUAGUUUCAUUUAAAAUAUAUAUAGUUGUUAACCUUCCGUGUGCCAAAAACUCUUAAGUUACAUUUUCCUUCAAAGCAAUGUACUUUUUUCUACAUAUGCAGUAUGUAGUUAGCAUAAAAUCAUUGGUGCCAUGAAGAUUAUUUUUAAACUUAAAUAAAUAUUUAAAUAUCA